AGGGGUUGCUGCCGCCCACCCCCCCUCCCCUCCCGGGGGCGGAUGGGCGCCUCCCCUUCGCGGCCGCGCCGCGCCGCCGCGGUGCUGGCCCUGGCGGCGGGUGCGUCUGUGGCGGCGCUGGCAUUGGCGUUCGUCUUCGCGCCGCGGCGCAGGGUGACCCUGCCUGGGAGUGCAGCUGCCAGCACGGAGGCUUCGGAUGGCGCGGAGACCCCCACAGCGGCCCCGGAACCCCCGGCCAUCGGCCCCGAUCAGGCAGCGCCAGGCAGCGGCGAUGGGGCUGACGACCAUGCGCUCGACGAGGGGCUGCGGGCGCUGGGCAUGCUGAGCGGCGCGUCUCUCAGCGUCGCGGCACUCGACAGGCCAGCCCGCGCCGGUGCGCCUGCGCUGCCCUACGACGAGGGGGUCGACGGCGCUGACGACUACGUGGUCGUGAAUCGGGUCUCGCCAGAGGAGGAGGAGCGGCGAUACUUCGCGAACCUGAGCGGCGGCGCGGACCCCUUCGGUGGACUCCCGGCGCCAGCCGAGGAAGAGACGGUGCCGAGUGGUGUCAGGCCGCGGCGGCCUGUGGUGGCUUACGACUCGUGAGCCUCGGGAGCGGACCUCGGCCGGAGGAGGCGAAA